CACCUCGAGCCCCGCCCUCUUUUCUUUUAUUUUUUAUACAGCAGGAAGAUGAGUAACCCGCAGACAGGAUUGCUAAAUCAUGGCAACAUUUAUGGAACGAUUAGCGUUUCUUCAGAAAGUGCCCACUCUGAUGAAAGCUACAGCAGAUGAUGAAAACCCCUGUCCUGGCUACCUUUUCCAAGAGAUUGGAAAAAUCUCCCAUGAAUCUUCAGGUUGUGGGCAGUGUUUGUUGGAAUACCUUCUGGAGAGACUGCAGGUGGAGUCCUGUCAUGUCAAACUCAAGGUGCUGAAGAUUUUUGUCCAUCUCUGCGGCCAUGGCUCAAACGAUUUCCUCACAGAACUCAGAAGGAACUCCACCUUCAUCCAACAAGCAUCAGUUUACAGUGGCCCACCUGAUCCCAUCCAUGGCACAGCCUUGUACCAGAAAGUGAGGAACACGGCACAGGAAGUGGCCAGGUUGCUUUUCACAGAUACCAUUUCCACUAGAAGUGGCAUCUCCCCCCUCACUGAUCCCCCCCCAACAAUGGGUAUGGGCUCUUCCCACAGGUCAGGAAUGCAGGGCUUUGGGUACAGUCCAGGGAGACAGGGAACAACAGGCAGUGACUCACUGCUGGAUAAGAUCCAGAAAGCUGCAGAGGUAGUGGUCAGUGCUGUCCUUCCUCCAACUGAGCACCAGGGCAUCCGUCUCCAUGACAACCAUUAUCGGGCCGUAGUGGCGCCAUCUGCACCUAUAGAGGUGGCUGUCCCUGCGUGUGCCUAUAGCUUACCUGCUCACAGACCAAAAGCAGUGACCCAGUGGUGCCCAGGGCAGGUUGGCGGCGGAUGGGAAGAGAUGGACAGCGGCAACAGCUCCUCUCACAACUCUUCUCAGGACAUUGCUGCAAACAGCAGGAUCUCUGUAGGCAGCAAGUCUGCUGGGACUGGAAGCCAUUCAGGGGCCAGCAAAGAAAGCAGCGGGGACCUGGCAGAACGGGUGGAAGCCUUGCAGCUAGGGGACUGCGGCCAGGAGAUGGCGCUCAUCAGCAGAGUGAUCGAAGGCUCCAGAGUUUUCCUGUCCAGAGAGGAGAGCCAGCACUUUAUCAAAGAGUGCUCCAUUCUCAACUGUGAGGUCGUGGUGGAGUUGCUCUCAAGCAAGCUUCAAGAUCCUUCCAGCACUGUAAAAAUGCGGGCACUGUGUGCUGUUGCAUGCCUCAUGACCUCUGACCUCCUCUCUCUGGAGCAAAUGUUUGGAGCUAUGCAACGAAGACUUCACCAGCUGAGUGAGGGGCAUCCAGGCCCUGAGGCAAAUAAAGCCACCAAGAUCUUGCGUCAGUUUGAGGCUCUGAUGAGGGGACCGCUGCAAGCUACCAGGCAGGAUAGGGCAAACAGUAGCCAUCAGGCAACAAUCAAUCAGUGUUCUGCAUCUACAUACUCAGACCCGUUACUACCAUUCCACUCUGCUGACACCAUCCUCAACCAUUAUCAGCCUAACAACUCACCCAGCAACAUUGCGCAACCAUCAAAUUACCCAGCUUCCACUUGUGGCUCCUCAGGACAGUUGAUGAAUGAUAAUGGGGAGGAGGAAGAGAACCUUUCUCCCAUACAGCAUGAGCCAGUUAGGACUGCUGAAGUUAACCUGGCUGCUGGAGAGCCAGAGCUCCUCAGAGACAGAAGCCCCACUCCUCCAUGUGAGCCCCUAAGUAGACCAUCCCUUUUCAGUGGUAUGGAGCUGGUGACCAAGUGGAGGCCCCUGUGUGAAAGAGAAACAUCCCUGACAGAGACGGACACAGUGGAUGGUGACUUAAAGGAGAAUCCAGCUGUGCAUAACUCUAAUAGUCCAGUGAACUCUUCUCCCCUUUGCAUUAGUAAAACCUGUGAUGGCGCUCCUUCAGUUUGCAAUUCAAUUACAUCUGAGAGCAGCCAACCAGUAUCGGCCUUCUCAUUUCUCAACUUUUGACCACUGAUCAACUUUUUACAGCUGGAACUGUUACUCUCAAACAAUGAUGUCAUCAUGAAUGUCCUUUUAGAAAUUUAUUUAAUAUUAGAAACCGGGAUCAGACUAUUCUAUACAUGACACAUUCGCAUUAUGUUUAGAUUGUCUGUUCGGUGCCUCCUUGGAAGCUGAGGUUGAGGCCGAACUUCUCAAAAGUAUUUCACGAGUAUGGUUGUCUUUAAAUUACAGGUUAUUACUGGUGGAUGCUUUAUCUCAGGAUUUCUUUUAGAUAACAACUCCUACGCCUCUGUAGCACACCCUGAACCUCUGGGGGAGAAUCCCUUGAUUUGCAAUUUGCACUACAAUUUUUUUCUUAUGAACUCAUAAAACUAAAAAUGAGUUGUCCACCAUAUUUUUGGUACUAAGCUAUAAUGUUAAUACAGAUGUUAUGAGUGUUAGUGUACAUAUUAUUUAUGUCUACUCUGUACUUUUUAAAACAUACCCAUGAGAGUGGUUGUAGAGUGCAUGUGUCAGAUUUCAAAAGUAUUGUAUGGAAAUCUAAUGGAGGAAAUAAUUAGUGUGAAACUGGGAGUAACCUUGCGUGCGGUUGUGUUUGGCAAAAUAUCUGCGACUCUAUGAAGUCAUGUCGCCAAAUAAAAGCAGAUUAACUUCA